UCCCUCAGAUUAAAGACCAUAAGAAACAUGCACCAAAGAAACCAAACCAGGGUCUCUGAAUUCCUUCUCCUGGGACUUUCUGAACAUCUUGAGCAUCAGCAGCUUCUCUUUGUCCUCUUCCUGGGCAUGUAUUUGGUAACAGUGAUUGGGAAUCUGCUCAUCAUCCUGGCCAUCAGUCUGGACUCUUACCUUCACACUCCCAUGUAUAUCUUCCUUGCCAACUUGUCUUUGGCUGACAUUUCCAGCAUUUCUACUUCAGUCCCCAAGAUGCUGGUGAACAUCCAGAGCAAAAGCCAAUCCAUCUCCUUUGGGGAGUGUGUCGCCCAGAUGUAUUUUUCCAUUGUGUUUGUUGUCAUUGAUAAUUUCCUCUUGGGGGUUAUGGCUUAUGAUCGGUUUGUGGCUAUUUGUUAUCCUUUGAACUAUGUAACAUUCAUGAGACCCAGACUCUGUACUUUAUUGAUGGCCAUCUCCUGGGUUCUCAGUAACAUGGUUGCCCUGACUCACACCCUUCUGCUGGUCCAGUUGACCUUCUGUGACGCCAACACUAUUCCUCAUUUUUUCUGUGACUUGGCCCCUCUGCUCAAUCUUUCCUGCUCAGACACAAUCAUCAAUCAGUUGGUCAUGUUCAUCCUAGGUUCAUCUGUUAUUGCGAUUCCUUUUGGGCUUAUCCUCUUUUCUUACAUCUGCAUUGUCUUCACUGUCCUGAAAAUCUCAUCCACUGGAGGAAAAUGGAAAGCCUUCUCUACUUGUGGCUCCCAUCUCUCAGUGGUUACACUCUUCUAUGGGACAAUUGUUGGAGUUUAUUUCCUGCCCUCCUCUGUCCCAUCAGCCAACAAUGAGAAAAUCGGGGCUGUGCUCUUUACUGUGGUAACCCCAAUGGUCAACCCCUUCAUUUAUAGCUUAAGGAAUAAAGACAUAAAAGGAGCCCUAAUGAAACUCAUAAACAAGAAAUGUGUCUCUUUGUAA